CACGCUUUGUGGCAUGGUCAUACGUCAUCAUUGCGCGCCUCGAACAAAUUGCUACCGCUGGCGCGUAAACACAGAUGAGGCAUGGAUCAGAGUGGUCUCAACCUCGUCAAGGUUCAUGGAGGCGGUGGUUAUGACUCAGAUUUUAGUGAUGAUGAGGGUGGAGGAGGGUCAUCCCAGCAUGGAGGGAAGAGAGCCCGUGAAGAUGAGCUGCUUCAGAAGCCAUUCCAGAAAGGGAAACAGUGUAAGGUUGCUCACAGACAUGUGGCCACGGAUGAAUGCGACAGAGAGGAGGCCAGAAAUCGUCGCCACCACCUCAUAUCAAUGAAUGCUUUUGACCGGCAUAACAAGUUUGUCAGCGAUUACAUACUUUACUAUGGAGGGAAGCUGGAGGACUUCAGAAGAUCCACAGCAAAAGACAAGAGAGAUCUGGACGUGGUGAGAGAAAAUCACCGCUUUCUUUGGAGAGAUGAGGAUGAGGACGAUAUGACAUGGGAGAAGGAGCUUGCAAAGAAGUACUAUGACAAGCUAUUCAAGGAGUACUGUAUUGCUGACCUCAGCAAAUACAAAGAAAACAAAUUUGGCUUCAGAUGGCGCAUUGAAAAUGAAGUGAUAUCUGGAAAAGGCCAGUUUCUUUGUGGGAAUAAGCGCUGUGAGAAGAAGGAGGGCUUGAAGAGCUGGGAAGUGAAUUUUGCUUAUGUGGAACAGGGCGAGAAGAGGAAUGCUCUGGUGAAACUGCGUCUCUGUCCAGAAUGUUCCUUCAAACUUAACUACCAUCACAAGAGGAAAGAGGUCAAGGUUAAAAAGAAACUCAGACCAAAUGCGAAUGGAGAUGAGACGCAAGCCAAAAAGUUCAAACGGAAAACCAAACAGAAACGCAAAGAGAAACCCAAACACAAAAAAAGACGAAAAGAAUAUUCUUCUUCAAGUUCUGAGGACUCCAGUGAGUCUGAGAAAGACUUGGAAAGUGAAGGGGAGGCUGAUGGCCCAUCAGAGUCAGAGUACUGGAAAGGUCCAGCCCCUGCUCUGGAGGAGAAAUCAAGGGAAGAGGAGUUUGAUGAAUACUUUGAGGGCAUGUUUCUCUGAUCAGGGGAUUCGACCGGCAAUCCAAUGUUUGUUCCCACAAUGUUUAUGAGAAUAAAAUGCUGACUGCUUGGUUUGACAGCCUAUGGUCUUAUGUAGUUUAAACAAUUUAAGAUUACAGUGUUCAAAGAAUGUCAAUUUAUACAUAAUGAUGUAAUACCUCCACAUUCACCGAUUUUGUGUGCUGUAAAUAUACUACUAAUGUCAUGUUAAA